AUGACCGUCACCACACAUAUAGCGGAAAUACUUCGCCAAGGAAUUUGGGCCUCGCUCACAGGAGGAUGGUAUUACGAGCCUUCUCACUCAAUAUUUUGUAAUACCGUACAUUUAUAUCUUUGGUUAGUGCUAUUAAUUAUCCCUUUUGUUGUUGGACUUGUGACCUCGGGCGCUUUUUCUCUGUCUCUUCUUAUCGGCUACAUAUGCUUUAUCGGAGCACUUUUUGCUAUUCUAAAGACACUUGUUUCGCGUGUCCAUGUCGUAUUUGAUACAACAGAGCCAAUAAUCACCACGAAAAUUCUCUCGGACACUAAUAAUGCUUCUAGAACCGAUGGUGAUAUACCGUUUCCGGUAAAUUAUAUUUUGAAGGUGAAAGAAGAGGAAGAAAAUCACUAUGAGGAAAUUGAUCAACCAUCGACAAGCACUGCUUUUCGUGAAGUUGAAAAUCCCUACAGCACCAUCGAACCAAAGAGGAGGAAGCCUAAGAUUACCGUUUUUUUUUUUCAGAAAAUCAGUGACGAUGCCGUUCCGUCUACAUCAGGAUGGUAUCCCGUAGUGGUAUCUCUUGGUGAAGCUAAUCAGCCCAAGAGUACAAAAUUUUCAGCAAGUGGAGCAGAUAUAAAAGUCGAGAUUACAAAAUUCUUGGAGGAGCUGAUAGAAAAACAUCCGGAAACAUUGGACGUCAUUGAAAACGUGCGUCAAAGCCGACUUGGACGAGGCUCCGUUCCUCAUAGAGUUCCACAGAUGUUCAGACUUCACGGGUUUGUUUUUGCUGUACCCAUUUUGAACAGAGUGCCGUCGAGACGCCGAUCGUCUUCGUCUUCUGUAGCUGGUUUGUCAGAUAUGGCACUUCGUGAUGGAACCCAUGUUGCUGCUGGUCAUGAAGACACCUCGCAAGGGGCUGUUCACUCUUUUCAGGACAACGACGGGAUGUGGUGGACGUAUGCUUUUGAUGAACACGGGGUGGGUACGGCUCAACCUUUGGGAUCUGGACGAGCCUUGAUGGAACUACUACAAAACUUCCUGAAUAUCACUAGAUUAUUCCUAUGUCAGGUCUUACCUGAAUCAGCCUAUGCAAGUAGUGACGAGGACGGUGAGCCCUGUUCAUCGCGAAAUGUGGGAAACAUGCCUGGUAUGAGUGUGGGAAGCACAAGGUUGGCGGAGGAGUCUUGGCAUUGGAACGUUAUGGUUAUGGAGCCUACGUUUUUAAGGAGAGAACGAGCUCUGUCCUCAUCAAGUAACGAAAGCUAUACGUAUAUCCCUCAGCUGCCAACUACAGUAUUUCAUGCUCCGACAGGAACUGGAGCAAGUCGAGCGAGCUCUCGUCAUCAAAUGGUAUCAUUUGCCAAUGUUGCUUCACGUCUCCGAGCAGCUGUUCGUCAAAGCGAUGGUCUUGCAAUCGGCACUGAUGGGCCAGAUUCAUCUGCUUCUCAAACAUCUUCAGUGAAGAAGAGCUAUUACUAUAAAAUGAAAGUUUUCCCCAAGACUAACAAGAGCUUCAAGCUGAAGCUCGAUCGCCUUUCUGUAUCGGCACUAUUUGAUCGAAAUCGCUCUGCCCUUUCUUGUGUCUUCGAUGUACUGCUCGCAUGUUUGGUAUCGUUUCUGGCAGGUCUUGUUCUUGCAACUGGGAUUUACUUCGAUAUUUGGCUGUUUUUGCUUGCUUUCACUGUUGCUGGUGCUCAUUUUUCGCUCCUGAAAAGUGUCCAACCCGAUGCAUCGUCACCGAUUCAUGGUUUCAAUUGGCUGGUAUCUUAUAGUCGUCCAGUAUACUUUUGUAUAGGAGCCGUAAUAGUGCUCACCCUGCAUCAUUUUGCUGAUGAUCCGGACUAUAAAAAAAUACCAUGGAAUUGGAAUCCUUAUAGACUGUACGAAACGUCUGGUGAAAUGAUACUUCUGGCAUUUCGGGACCUCUUCGCUACGUUUCUCGUAAUGCUUCCGUUUGCCUUUACAAUGGGAUGGUUACCACAGGUGAAUACAUUGGCUCAUCAUAUUCUGGAACAGUUGGAAAUGCACAUUUUCGGUGGUACAGCAUCGUUGGGUGUGUUGUCAGCACUUAUUCAAAUCAUGAAAAGCAUGUUCGGUUGGGGUCUGCUGGCAGGACUAUGCCAUUUGGCCUAUACGGUUGAUCCAAGUACAACACAAACGCCUGCCUUUUCUGCCUUUCUCGCGGCUGCUGUUGCAACCUCCUAUUUGCUCAGCCGGUUCUCGUCUAAUCCGCAGCUAUUUGUUAUUCUUAGUCGCCUUUGUUGUGCAUCGUCAUCGGAUCAAGGUGAAGAUGAGAGGAUCAAAGAUACAGGUAUGGGAAAGAAUGAACUCGAUGUUUCCGACCCGCUGCCGGGGCGACUUCGUGAAACGGUUGUUCUGCGGGCACGCCACGACGUCCUCUUUUCAGCAUUUUUGUCCCUUCUUGUGUUUGCCUUACAUUCGACGUCUUUAUUCACGGCUACCCAACCAUAUUUUACAGUUAUCGUUAUACCAAUCUGUAUAGCUUUUGGAAUUAUAAAUCACUAUCUCUAUGAGCAACUUAGAACGCAUACGCCAUGGAAGCUGAUUGCCAAACCUAUUCUUCAUUCUCAUGAAUACACACAAUUCGAGAGUCCUGAUGAGGCUAAACUGAUGAAUUUCGAGAUUAUUCAUGUGUGGAUGCUUGCGAUAGAGAAGAAUGUUUUAUAUCCAUUAGUAGCAAUGGCGGUGUUGACGGAAUGCGGUUGGUUACUGCCGGUAGCUAGAAUAAUAGCUCCUCUGAUUAUUCUACGAUUACUACGUGGUGGUUUCUCGCAUCCACAGCUGAUUUAUGUACCAUUAGCGCUGGCCUUUACUGUUACGAGAUUCGAUUGGAAGACAGGGUCACCAUUCGGAAUACCUGAGCAGGUUUCAACGCUGUUUCCUCUUAUUCUUUACAUUCUCAUUGUAUUCUAUCCAAAGUGGUUGGAGUUGUACCUCAAAAUGAGUUUUGUAAUGGCAUAUGUCGCGCCUUGGCAGAUUAGUUGGGGAUCGGCAUUCCAUGCCUUUGCUCAGCCGUUUUCUAUACCCCACUCUGCACUGAUAUGGACCCAGACAGUCGUCUCCAGCCUUAUAAGUGCCCCGCUUAAUCCGUUUUUGGGUUCCUCAUUCUUUACAACAUCUUAUGUUCGACCUGUGAAGUUCUGGGAACGAGAUUAUAACACGAAGCGAAGCGAUGCAUCGAAUACUACUCUCGCUUCACAAAUUGAUCGCGGACCAAUGAUGGAUGACAGCAAUCUGAAUGCCGUGUUUUAUGAACAUUUGACCAGAAGUCUUCAAAAAAGUUUAGCCGGUGAUUUACUGAUGGGUCGAUGGGCAACAAGUGUCCAACCGGGUGACUGUUUCAUUCUUGCCAGUUUCUAUCUUAAUUGUCUUGUUCACAUCAUCGAAGUUGGCAACGGUUUUGUCACGUUCCAACUGCGUGGCCUCGAGUUUCGUGGUACAUAUUGUCAUCAAAGAGAGGUGGAAGCAAUAUCUGACGAUCAGACUCAAGGAACAGGAUGUUGCUGCUGUGCCCCAGGAUCCCUUCCAGGUUUCCUGUCACUGAAUACGGCUUGGAGCCUGCGUUGGCUUGCGUGGGAGGUUGUUACCGGGAAGUACAUAAUUGAUGGCUAUUCGAUUACUGACAACUCGGCGGUUAAUUUGUUGCAAGUUCAUGAAUUGAGACGUCUUCUGGUCACUCUCUAUGUGAAAUGCAUAGUCUACUAUGCUCUGGCAUCGAAUAAGUUACAGAUUUGGUUGGCGAAUGAGACGGUGGUAAAACCUAUCGUGGCCAAUCCUCGUUAUGCAGAUGUAGAUCAUCUUUUCUGCUCCACGAAUGAUGAAGAUUUCGAUAUGAACGAAAUGGGGAUUUCGCGAUCCAGUUUCUCGGAAUGGUAUAGUAUGUGGAUUACUCAUUGCCUAAACAAGAGAUCAGAACGCAAUGCUGACGAGGAAUUGAACGCGGAACACGUCACUUGUCUCUGUUAUGUACUGUCGCUUCUUGGUCGUCGUGCUCUUGGUGCUGCAUCUUACAAUCGCCAUUCAAACGCUGCCGAAUCAUUCCUUUGUGGUUUGCAUGCGUUGUUCAAAGGAGACUUCAGAAUAACAUGUCAACGUGAUGAAUGGGUGUUCGCAGACAUGGAUUUGCUAAGAUGUGUGAUUUCGCCGGCUGUGAAAAUGGCUCUCAAAUUACACCAGGACCAUUUUGCUGCACCAGACGAUUUCGAUGAUCCUGAAUCGCUGUACGAUCUUAUCGCCGAUCAUCAAACCAAACUGUUCAUAUCGCAUGAGCAUGAUCCAGCUUGGCGUCGGGCUAUCAUUGCGAAUACACCAUCUCUGCUAGCACUUCGUCAUAUGUAUGAUGAAGGUCAGGAUGAUUAUAAGAUCAUCAUGCUCAACAGAAUGCACCUGAACAUGAGGGUAAUCAAAUUGAAUCGGGAGUGUGUGAGGGCGUUUUGGGCUGGUCAGCAACAAGAAUUGAUCUUCUUGAGGAACCGUAAUCCCGAAAGAGGAAGCAUCCAGAAUGCUAGACAAGUGCUCAGGAAUAUGAUCAACAGCUCAGCUGAUCAACCAGUUGGCUAUCCAAUUUAUGUGUCCCCGUUGACGACCUCUUUUGCGGAGACCCAUUCUCAAAUGCCAAGUAUUGUUGGGCCUCCAGUUACUCUUGAGGUACUUUUUGACUUGUCAAAGGCGUGGAAUGCAUUGCGAGCCCAUUUCGGUCCAUCAGGCAGCUCGUCUCUUGGUCUGCAAAGCAGUUGUGGACCUACUGUCCCACCGAUAGUAGAAAACUCAAUAGUUCACAUGACUCCUGACGGAAGCGCCCGUGUGACUUUAUUCUCCUCAACUGACUCGGUUCCUCAAGGUUUAGCCAAAAGGAUCACGUCGGAUAGAAAAGGCGAUGAAAAGGAAAGUGUGGAGGAAGAGGAAGGAUAUGAAGAGGUGAAAGAUACCGGUCUAUGGGUUCGUAUCGAUGACCCAGAACAGGUCUUUCGUUACCUGAACGAGCCCUUGAAGUCCACGGGCGAGCCGCUGGUUGUUUGGCCAAGUGAAGAGAUCCGGCAGAUCAGUGGUCGUAAUUCAUGGUUCUGCCAACCGAUGGAAGGUCUUAUGGGAAGAGUCAUGUUCACAUGGCACCCCAAUCAUCCAAAUCGGAAAUUACGUAGUCACAUAGGUGAUGCGAUCCAUUUGGUAGGUUUUUUCGUAAUGUUCUCCAGAAUUGGGCGUUCAUCUGAGCGUUUUUUAUACCUUGCAAGAAUGCGGUUUUGA